AAAAAUGUGAUUUCGGGCUCCGUCUCCGCUGAAAGCCUAUUACAGCCCAUUGAGCAUCGUGAAUGCAUUUCCAACGCAUCCGGCAGCACCUAUGAGUGGUCCCGCCAUAAAUCUCGAAGUGACGCCGGACGCCAGCGCCCCAGUGAGGGUUGUCAAGGCCCCGGCUGCACAAGAUAGGCAGGACAAGAAGCCCGCGGACGCGCCGAAGGCGUCAGCGCAGCCUAAGGCAGCCGCGCCGGCGCCCGCGGCCAAGGCAUCCGCGGCCAAGCCGCCCGCGGCCAAGGCGCCCGACGACAAGGCGCCGACGCCGGAGAAGGAAAAUAAACCGAAGCCGCGCCGCCGCGCCGGCUCGAAGGACGCCACGCGCCCGCGCUCCGCCUCCAAGGACGAGCAGCCCAAGAAGGAAGCAACAGAGACGCCGCGCCGCCGCGCCGGGUCCAUGGAGAAGAAGCCGCCGCGGCCCAAGAGCGAAAGGCCGUGCAAGUACUGGCGCAUGGGCAACUGCGAGAAGGGCGCCUCCUGCCAAUUCUCGCACGGCGCGCCGCCGUCGACGCGCAAGGGCCGCGGCAAGCGCGCGCCGGCGCCGGCGCCCGCUCCGGCAGAGGAGGCGCCCGCACCGGCACCGGCACCGACGCCGAAACCGCCGCGGCCGCCUCGACCGCCGCGCCCCGUGCCUACUCCCUCAGCACGCAGCGCCGCUUUGAAGGACGCGCCGGCCGCGGCGCCCAAGUUCCGCGAGAAGGAACCACGCCCGAGACGAGGCUCGAAGGAUGAGGCCGAGGAGAAGCCCCCUACUACGACAGCAAGGAAGAAGAAGGAACGAAAACCGCCGGCCGAGACGCCGUGCCGCUUCUGGGUUCAGGGCGACUGUCGAAGGGCGGAGGAGUGCCCCUACUUGCAUGAUCCCGCCAUCAAGGCGGGGCCGCCGACGCCGUCGGCGCGGGCGCAGGCCAUGAAGGCGGCACCGUGUGCGUCGCCCAAUCUCCUGAAGUCGAAGAAAAAAGAAAAACCACCGAUUUCUCCCGAGAAAUUAUUGAAGCAGGACCGACAACGGGCGGCGAAGGCGGCCAAGCACGCGCUGGAGGCCGAGGCGAAGCGCAAGGAAGCGGCCAUGACGCCCGAAGAGAGAAGGGCCAAGAUGGUCGCCGAGGCGAAACGGCUGGGGGAGGAAAGAAGGCGGAAGGUCGCCGAAGAGGAGGCGCGGGUCGAGGCGGCGAAGGAGGCGCAACGCUUGAGCAUUGCGGCGAAGCGGAAGGAACAGGCGGCUUUGGAUGCCGAUGCCGUGACUGCCGCGCGCGUCGCGCGGGAGUGUGCGGCGUUUCUGCGGACGGAGGAGGCCAAAAAGCGAGGGGCAGAACGGAACCAAUCGCUGCGGGAGAGCGAGCAGGCCGCUCGCGGCGCGGCAGUGGACAGCGUGCGGAACGACCCGCGGUCGAACGCGCCGCAAGCGGCGACGCGCAUGAUCGGGGCCGGCGUUUCUGGUGAUGUCCGGGGCGCGGUGCGCGCGGCGCAGAAGCCGGCGGAGCGCGUUAAAGGAGGGGCUCAUGACCUGGACCCGCGGUACGGCGGCGGCUCUGGUGGUUUCCGCGGCUCCGGCGGCGGCUUUGGGUCUCGCGGGGGCGGCUACGGAGGCCGCGACCGCGGGGGCUCGUAUGGCGACCGAGGCGGCUACGGCGGCGACCGCGGCGGUUACGGCGGCUCAUCCUACGGCGGGCGCGACCGAGGCGGGUCCUACGGCGACCGGGGGGGCUACGGUGGCGGUGACCGGGGCUCGUAUGGCGGCGGCGACCGAGGCGGCUACGGCGGCGGCGACCGCGGCGGCGGCUUCGGAGGCGACCGCGGCGGCGGCUUCGGAGGCGGCCGCGAGCGCGGCGGCUCGUUUGGAGCGCGCGACCGCGGCCCGCCAGCAGGCGGGCGGCGCGAUCUACCAGGCGGAGGACGCGAUCUAGCACACCAGCCGCCGCCACCGCCGCGCCCGCCGACGCCGCCGAGUCCUGAGAUGGACAAGGAAGAGCUGAAGAAGAUCUUCGCCGACGUCGACGCGCCGCGCAAGAAGCCCGCCGAGGCGGACAUCUUCGGCCGCGCCGCGUCGUGGGGCGAGGACUCGGACUAGAACAUCUGUGCCGCCCCCCUCCCUCGAUUUUAUCUUCCCCCUAAAAUGCACAUUUAUUGA